AUGUUUUUCUUCACGCUGACAGUCGCCGAGCGAUAUCAGUCGCUGAGGGGUGUGGAUUAUUGUGAGAAUGUCUUAUUUAUUUGAUUUAAUAUAAGUGCCUAUGUCACGAUGGUUGGGCUUGAAUACAAUGCAGAGUAUGGAGAAGAAGUGUUUCCAAAUGAUUGUGACACUUCUGAAGCCUCCAAUGUGUGUCUUAGCAAACAGCUUGUGGAGAAUCAAGAAAAAUUUGUUUUUAACAAGCAGUAUUUAAAAGGAUUACUGGCAUCUUCUGUCCAAGCUUUGAACCUCUUCUCAGAUUCCAAGCAUCAUGAUCAUGACCAGCAAGUGUCACAUGACGACCCGAUGUCUGCCGACCUGGCGGCCCAGUUCGCCCAGCUGGAGGAGGACCACCCGGUGCUGCGGCAGCCCGUCUGCUUGGUGGUGCUCGGCGCCGACAACGGCGCUCGUGCCGCGCUGGUGGCCGCGCUGCUCGGCGAGCCGCUGCUGCCGCUGGCGGCGCCGGCCGGCACCGCGCGCCGCUGGCCGCCGCUGGUGGUGCGCGGCGCGUGCGACAACUUCGCCGUGAUGCUGGAGGAACGGAGCGGCCUGCGCCGCCAGACGGACCUAGUGGUGCGCGACACGGAGCGCGGCCGGCUCCUGGAGCCGCCCUGCCUGGCUGAGCUCGGACUCGCCGACACGGACGGCACGUGUGUGUGGGUGAACGUGGGUCUGAACCACCCGCUGCUGCGCGGCGACCACGUGCGGCUGGUGGUGGCUCCCACCCACCAGGCGGCUACCGUGCACUGCUUCCUCGAGGAUGUGGUGCCCGUUUUCCUGUACGGCACGGCCGCCAACUGCCUCUCCGAACAGGAGCGGACUGAGCUGGGCGAUCUACACCGCAUCACCGGCGGACAGGCGGUGUUCUUUGCGGCCCCUAUCGACUCCCCGGCCGAGCCGGCGGGUUCCGCUCCGCCCCCGCAGCUCUCACUGCACUGGCCGCACCAGGCCCGGCCCGGCCGGCGGCCCGGCGUGGCGCCCGCUCGGGUCAGCCCCGAGCCGGCUGUGGUGGCCCGACCGCCGCCCGGACCGCUGCUGCUCCAACUGCGGGCCAUAGGUUACGAGUUCAGCACGUGUCCUCCGGCGUCGCUGGGCCAGUCAGUGGACGAGCUGUUCCAGAACUGUCAGCUAGUGGCCGGCAGUGCCGGGAUGCUGGCCUUUGCGCCCUACCUGAGGACCUGUCUGCAGUUGCAGCUGUUGCGGGCCGCGCAUCAGGUCAACAAGGCGCUGAACCAGCUGCUGCGUGCCUUCAUCCUGUCCGCGUUCGACAUGGCUCGUGAGAUCCAGAUCACACCCCGCCGGCUACAGUACGCGCGACAGACCGAGGCAGAGCUCUUCAGCAGCGUCAUGGCCAUCGCGGACAGCAACCAGCUGCACAUGUCGCAGAUGGUCAACCGCGCCUGCGUCAGCAUGAGGGACGAGCUGCUCAGUCAGGCGGCCAUGUAUCAGUUCAGAGACGUGGAGGUAUCGGAGACGGGCGCUAUCCGCUCGGCGCGGCAGCUGCAGCAGUGUACGGCCGAGAUCCAGAACCUGCUGCUGGCCGCGCUGAACCGCGCCGUGGCUGGCCAGCUAGUCGGCAGCGUCGACUACAUGCAGGAGAGGCUGGUGGGCACCCUGCAGCGCUGCCUGCUCUCGUUGGAGGCGCAUGAUGAUGGUGGUAGCGGAGAGGCCAGCAAUGCCCUCAAACAGAUCCUGAACUCGGCGUACAGUCUGGAGAUCUCUGUGGAGACCUCGUCCAGCGUCAUCACCUCGCUGUGGGAGUGGCUGAAGCAGCUGCUGGACGUGAUGCCCUGGAAGACGCCGCCCUGCGUGGACGCCCUCUGGCGCCGGAAGGUGGCCACUGAGAUGCUGGAUAACAUCAACGAGCUCCGACUGAGCAGGGUCAUCUGCUCACAGCUCCGCGACCGUCUACGGAGGGCUCACGAGGCGUUUGUUCGCUCCAUCGGCCGGCUGGAGGCGCAGCUCGACGGCCGACUGGAGCAGACCGAACGCGACCGGCUCCGUAUGAAGAAACUGCACGCGCCACACGUGGCCCGGCUGGCGCUACAGGCGGCCGCCUAUGUGGACGCCGCCCGAUUCGGCGUGCCUCAGUUGGCCCGGGAGAUCGGCCGCGGCCAGUACGGCGUCGUGUACAGCAGUGGGGAGUGGGCCGGCCGACGGGACUGGGCGGUGAAGUCGGUCAUCCCGCCCGACGACCGACACUGGAACGACCUGUCCAUGGAGUACUUCUACACCAGAUCUCUGCCCGACCACGAGCGUAUCGUCAACAUCCGGGGGCUGGUGAUCGACUACAACUACAGCCACAGUCGCAUGUCCGCCGCGCUGCUGCUGAUGGAGAGGCUGCAGACGGACCUGUACCUGGGCAUCCAGGACGGGCUCGAUCUGCCCACCCGGCUGCGGAUCGCGCUGGACGUGGCGCAGGGAGCUCGGUUUCUGCACUCGCAGGGACUCAUCCACCGCGAUAUAAAGCUGAAAAACGUCCUGCUGGAUAACGCGAACCGGGGCAAGCUGACCGACCUGGGCUUCUGCAAACCAGAGGCGAUGAUCUCUGGCUCGGUGGUGGGAACGCCCAUCCACAUGGCGCCAGAGCUCUUCAGCGGCCAGUACGACCACAGCGUGGACGUGUACGCGUUCGGCGUGCUGCUCUGGUACAUCCUCUCCAACGACGUCAGGAUGCCCGACGUGUACGAACAGUGCGACAACAAGAACGACCUCUGGAAGUGCGUCAAACGAGGGCUGCGUCCGUCCCGGCCGCGCCACUGCAGCGACCUCGGCUGGGAGCUGGUGACGGCCUGCUGGCGCGGCGAGCCCCGCCACCGGCCGCUGUUCGGCGUGGUCGAGCUGAAGCUGCACCAGAUGUUGGAUCAGCUGGAGGCGGUGCCGGCCGACCAGCCGCCGUCGCCGCCGGCCGCCGAGGCGCCCGCCGCACUCGACGGGAGUGCCGUCAUACCGUGCUGGUCGUGAGGCGGCCGGCGCGCCCUGCCGCACCCUCCCCUGGCUGUGACUGGACUCUGUCCAUGCUAACCCUGCGUCCUGACGGUGUUAGGAGUGGAAUCGAGACUGGCGCUACACCGCGUGUGUUUCAAGGAGAGUGGCGCUUUUGAAGUGUGUGAAACUGAGUGUGCAAUGAAGGAUCUGAUGGCUUUGGUUAAUGAAAGGAAUCAGAAAUCGAGGUUUCUUGCUUGGAUGUUGGAUGAUUGUAAAGUACCUGUCUUAGUUUUGUUCGAUGACUUGUGUAUCAUGUUCUACGAUUAGUGUUCGACCUCAGUCUAGUUUUACACUAUAUUUCAUGAAUUUUUCUUCAUGAUUGCCAUUCCGAUUACUUGAUUUAGUGCCACCUGCCAAUUGCCAUGGUGGCUAACCUGUCCAUAAAGUGUCAUGUUUUCUACUGUGGGAAAUCUUGAUUGUUCCUCUGUGAGCGCUAGUUUGUAUGUCUGUGUGUAGCUGUCGUAUCUUGUAACCAGUGCCUAACACGGCAGUGAAAGCUGUGCGACUCAGGAUGAAGGCUGGAUGACCACGGGCCUCUGUAGGUGGCAGGACGCUUCAGGCUUUCUGCGCUGGACUGAGGCCGUCCUAGUGAUUCGCGACUGCUUGCUGGCGCCACAGUCGUAUCGCACGGCAAUACUGAGGUGUUCCUUCCGGUUGAUUGGAUGUUCCGGGCUUCCGGGCUUCUGGGGGCGCCGUCCGUGCCUUCUCAAGUGCCGCUCGCAUGGAAGGAUCAUAUGGCCUGGCUGGCCCGCGUUCAAGUGUUGUUCUUUCGAGGUAGGUACUUAAAGGUCUGACUGGUGGCUCGCGAGAGAAGCUGGUUCGAUUGUUGUGGCGUUGUGCGUCCGUUGUUGGUGCGUUACGAGAGAGACCGAUAUUUGAAAUCAACGAUCUGCCGUCGUGCGCGUUCCUUUUAUCGGGUGUUGUAUGUGUGAGACAGUGCCUCCCUGAACGGUCGCACGUAUGGGCCUAGGAGUUGAUAGCCACCUGACCGCCAGCCGCUUUUUACAUUGUUUGGGGGCGAGUUUUACGUCGGGCCGAUGUGUGCCUGCCCACAAUAUACGAGACAGUGAG